CCUAGGUCUCGUUGUAUUCACAAUCUUAUCUUAAGCAUGCUUAGUUACUUCAAAGUUCAAAUUCUUUUCCAACAAUGACAGCUAGGUACUUAUAAAUAGCUUACAUGUCGGUUACGCACUAGCAGUCCCACUUCUCAUCGUAUUUUAGUAAAAAUGAGCUAGUAUAAUUUGAAAACUCCGUUCUUUUCCGCGGUUUCAGCUAUCGCUAUGUGUAGCUGUGUGUGUAUUGUAGGUCGUUGCCAGUUGACAGAAAGAAGGAGUGACGGAAUGACGCAAUGCACACGUGGACAAUAAUGUGCUUUGUUUUUAGUUUUUAGGAAUCGCGUUCUAAUUUAUUUAACUUCCGAAAAAAAGUCACGAUGAAACUUAUUUACGAAUACGAAGAUUCAAUGCGACAAUGCGAAACAUUAUUGAACGAAAACUUCACCAAGCUCUUGACCUACUCAAAAUGUAAAGAGCCAUCUCUAUCACAAUGCUCUGAAAAGGAUGACAUGUAUUCAAUUAUAAAAUAUAGCCUUGACACGAUUCAAGAGAAUAUUGUGACAUUGAAAACAGAGUAUGAUGAUUUAACUCAUCGCUACAAGAGUUUGUUAGCGGAUAAAUGUGUUGAAGAAUUCCUCAACUAUUUGAAUUGUCAAGAAUCAUUACGAUUGAAAUUCAUUGAACUAAUCGAACGAUGCAAAUGCAUAAAUUCGUGUUUAGAUGAUCUCUGUCGCAUUUCUGUUGAAAAGUUGAACGAGAAUUCAUCGGAAUGCUUUCGUGUCACGUGCAAUAAUCGAUGGAAAGUAUUAUUCAAAUCACAUCCAGCUUCUCAACCUGAUACUCCACCGCCGCAGCUCGAUCAGGAUCAAGACGAUGACGAUGACAAUUCUGUUCCUGACCCGAAUUAUAUUUGUGAGACGAUUUUGUUUAUUCCUAACGAUGAAACUGCCGAAGAGUUGAGUUCUACGAAACAUCCGUUAAAAUCAACAAUAUCUUGUACCUCUUCUUUAGCAUCUACUCAUCCUACAUUGCUGGAAUGUUUAUCUCGAGAUUUCGAUGAUAAUACGACUACAGUGACUGAAAACUGCUCAACAAGCUUUCCGGCAAUUCAGAAAGGGGAAGAAUUCAAAGAAUCUUUUACAUCUACUCAUCCUAUAUUGCUGGAAUAUUUAUCUCGAGAUGUCGGCGAUGAUACGGCUACAACAGUGACUGAAAACUACUCUACAAGCUUUUCGGAAAUUCAGAAAGUGCAAGAAGUCAAAGAAUUAGUCUCAUCGGAACAAAAUGAAAUUUUGAAUAUCGAGCCAUCAAUUAGCAACAUUCCAUUAAAAUGCGCCAAAUGCGGUCAAUUGUUCGUAGAAGAGGACUUUUUAAAUCAACAUAUUCUAGAACACGAACACGAACCAAAUCCAGAAUACAUGUGCAGCGUUUGCGGCGAUUUAUUCCACAAGAAGCGUGAAAUGCUCGAACACGAACUGCAGCAUGUUUCAGAAAACGUCUCAAAAUAUUCAGCUAGCUGUAAAUAUUGCGAAUCUAAGUCACCUUUACCUACUCACCGACGUACCGAUAACUGUUAUUUUUAUUGCUCGUAUUGCAAUCGUCGAUUCAGUUUUAAAAAUCAGUUGGUCAAUCACGUGAAAAAGCAUUUAUUGAUGAGUUUUAGAAAAAAUAGAAAAAUACACCGCUGUACUUUUUGCAGCGCAACAUUUACUACAGUUUGGGCUAGAAAAACCCAUCGUGAGAAAAAUUGUCAUGGGGUGCGGAGAUGUUACUGUUGUAUGAUCUGCGGAAAUAGGUACAAGUUCGAUAGUGAUCUCGAAAAACACUUGGAAAAAGGAUUUUGUACGCUUAAAUAGGUGAAGAUAUCCGGCAGGUACCUCGAUAAAUAAUUCCUCCUUAUUAUGAACGUUUUUUUCUCGCGAUUUCAGAAUUUUUUUUAAACGAAUGAAAAUUUGGUCUCUACUUGUAGUUUAAUGUGGAAAAUGUGCCAGCAUUGUUCAAUUUCUCGUUCAUAUUUUUGAAAAUUUGAUCGGUAACAUUAACUCUGGUCUUUUUUUUUUUUUUAGUUGUUUUAGGUGAGUAGUCACUUACCUAUAUUUGUGAUCUAAAUUUUCAUUUUAUACUUUCGUUAUUUGUUAUAUUGCGUACCCAUUGAUGUGCGUACCAUAUUAGCUAAUGCUGUGUAGAUAAUAUUAGUUUUUCUUGUUCUAUUAAAAUACAUUCGUCGAAUUAUC